CUUCAUCCCUCUUCCACGAGACGGUCCAUCCCAGCGACAAACAGACAAAGGCACUCACGGCAGAGGCCGGUUUCACGACUCCUCAAUCGAUUGUGCAGGACUGAUAGCCUUCCUCUUCAGACCCCGGCUCCACCUGGGGCUUGGAUGAGAACCCCCAGUCAGUUUCCCUCGCAGGGGAGCGCUGAUGAUCAGUCGCAGUUCGGGACGAUUGGCAGAAGGAGAAGUUUUUUGAAGGUCCGCUUCGAUGUCUCCGAGUCCGAAACAUCUACAGUAGGGGACCAGCCCAAUUCACCGCUGACUGCCAUUAGGUUAAGCAACGUUGACUUCCCAGAACCGAGGCCGACCGAAGCCGGGGUAAUUACGCGUGGUGGACAGUCCGAAACUGCCGGACCACCAUCCAUCUGUGCAGCUCGACAGCCAGCUACCAUUACAGAUAUCCCGUCGACACCCAAUGCCCAGAAUGGAUUGCCCAUUCCAAGGCCAUUGCGGAAGUCGCCAAUGGUCCGAGUAGUAGAUGAGUACGGUAAAGAAAGGCACGAUGCAGAAGAAUCUAGCUUGCAGGAUUCUUUUGAUCAGAAUGACUACUCGAAUGCAAGCUCGACACCAGGCACCUCGUUUCAGCAUGCUGUUACAUCCACCCGCAAAGUCAGGAACACGGUGCGAAUUGUGGAUGCCAUGGGGAGAGACAUGAAUGAGCAGCAAGCAAUUGCAUUGUUCCACGAUAUAACUACGAUAUCGGAUGAUCCCCCACGUGGUCGUGGUGAAGCUAUCACUCGCAUAAAACAAGCGGUUCAGGAGUUGCAAGAGGGCAUGAGUGAUGCCGACGGAUCCGCGGAUGAGCUGAUACCGAGCUCGGCCCGGUUGGAGAAACUUGAGGAAGUUUCGAAGGGUGCGCGAGCUAAGCGGGACCAACUUGCCCUGAACCUACAGAGGGAAGUAGCGCAAAGGAAGGAACUUUUCUUUAAUCACAGUGCAGGCGCAAAGACCACGUGGAAUAAUCGGCCUUCGGCGGAUGCCAUCAGUGGUAGACGGAAGCCAUGGAAUCGGGUGUUCAUGUACUGCAGUAUCUUGAUCCAACUGUUGCUGAUAUUGGCAAUGUGGAGAUAUGCUCAUAUUGAAGCCCGACGGCUUUUCUACACGACAUACUACGAUCCAUUGUAUCCCGAACUCUACUCUCUUGAUAGGAAUCCCUUCUUCGCGGGCGCUUACUCGUCGCACUCAUGGACGAUGCUUGAUUCGUGGGAAACGGUUCGCCGGGAGGGAUGGAGAGCAAUAGGCAUGGAAAUUCGACGCGCGGUCAGGUACGUCGGAGACCAGGUUUGGGACCACUGGGGUGAACAGUCGAGCUCCCGUACUGAAAGACCAACUUGAGUGGGAAGGAUUAUUAUUUACUGUUAGUAGGUUUGGUGUAUGUAGAAUGUAUGCUCGUAUUCUCAAGCUCAUCAGGAGGAUCAAAAAAUAUUUACAUA